AUGGGAUGUAGGAAGGGACUAAAGGUUGACGAUGAUGGGAUGCAAGCGAUGCUUUGGUGCCAAAAGAGAGAGAUCCAUAGUAGGAACAAGAAGGCCAUGGAGUUUAUAGCUAAAGAGUAUGGUGCUUUGCAGGAAGUAAACAGAGUCAUUGAUUAUGCUGAGUUCCAUGAUAAACGUCUUAUUCCUCUCCUCAAGACAACAAAGGGAAAUUUUGAGUUGGCUCUAGAGGCAGAAAACUCAAACACCCAUGCCAGAUAUUGGUUGUCCAAAUUGCAUAUGAAAUAUCAUGUUCCUGGAGCAUGUAAAGCAAUGGGUGCUGCAUUGUUAGUAGAAGCUGCAAACAUGGGUGAUAAAAAUGCUCAAUAUGAACUGGGUUGUCGGUUGAGAGUUGAGGUUAGGUUUCUUCAUUUAUGUUUUGUCUAGUGCAACUUAAGCAAUUUAUUCAUUUUAGGCUUGUUGUUCAUAAACUUUAACCCAAGGAUCCUGCACUAGCAAUUAAAAUCAUUGAAGAGAAACCAUUCGUUUGAGCAGCUUUUAUUUACACUUUAAUCGUACACAUGUUUAAUUUAUUAAGUCUGUUUGACAGUAGUUAUUGUAAAAUAAGUUGCACCAAA